AUGGAAUAUUCUUAUCAUAAUUCUAUGGUAUUAGAAUUAAAUCCUUUAAUGCCUAAGGACGCCUAUUAUUAUUUUCCAUAAUUUGGCAAGAUUAAUGUAUAUUAAGGUUUUUAUAUGCUAAUAAUUUUAAAUUGGAUAAAACUUUUUAAACAAUAAAAUAACACUAAGAGUGGAGAGAAAAGACAAUUCCGAUUGAAUAUAAUGAAGCUAUAGAACGAUAACUUUCAAGUGGAGCAUUUUAAUUACAUGGAAGAGACAAUCGAUUUCGUCCAAUUCUUAUCAUAGAUGCGUCGAAAAUAGAUAUUAAAUCUAAUAUUGAGGAAUUAUUAUAAUCUAUAACUUAUUUUUUUGAAUUUAUCAUUAAAUUUUUGA